GCGGUGUCCAAAUCUUGACGAAUACUGUAUACUGAUCCUAUUGUGCGUGUUCGAAGAGACGCAGCUUUCAAGAAGCUUCAUAUUACCCUGAGAUUUCGCCAUGUAAACCUGCGGAAAUAUGCCAAUGGAAAAAAUCAUGCUUCUGCUGAUGUCAUCUAAAUUUGAAAAUGAUAUAUUGUUUGUGUAGGUAAUGUUGAAGGAAAUGCCAAAAGCAUGAGACUGCGGUUUCUCACGGAUCCUAUAAAUUCUUCGAUUUCCCACGAAAAUAUGAUGCAACGAUCGGGAUUAUAAAUCAUGGACUGAUGCUGUAACUACAGUAUUUAGAAAUAAUAAGUGAUAUGUACAUUUUAACUGCACUAUCUUGCGAAUUCUGUUCCUCGGGGGUGUAUCGCACACCUCGUCCGGAAACACUGAUCGAAACAGCGCACCUUAAUUUUGAGCUGGAAUAUGCUGGCUAUAUGUCAGUAUUGUGAUAGGGUAUGAGGAACAUCAUCAGAAUAAGUUGUAUAGGAUGAGCAUGUUCGGUGUCACAGAAUUGCGUAAGCAAUAGAAAGUGAGUCAUGAAGGAACUUAUGAUUUUCCUCAACUUUCGAAGCUUUUGAUGAUGGAGGAAUGCUUUCUUUUAUUUUCGACUCGAAAUUUGUGCAGUAGUUAGCAUGUUUUCAUAUAUUUUCGAUGAAUAACUUAUACUUGGUGAUGGUUAACCGAAAAAUAAUGUUUACCUUGAACAGGGCGUUUUGUUGCUUUUGUCCCCUUAUCCGCGUAAAUAUCACCUAUGCAGCGGAUUUCCCAGAUAAAUCAAAGCACUUCUUUUUUAAAAUCCUGAAUUAGCAUAGAUACGGCUUUAUUAUAAUAUACGGCUCUAAUUACCCACAUGUUUCCAUCGUUUUAUUUGAGCCGCGUCUUUGGAGUGUCUUUCGAACUGCUUUUGAAAUGAAGUUCACCAAGAUUACGGUACCUUAUUUCUCAAGAGCCUGAUGAGAAUUAUAUGUAGCCUUCAUUCCGAGCUUUAAUCUCAUGCAUUGGCUCUGGAUAUAAACUGCGUGCUUUUCUGUAUACUGUACAUGUUUGUACUUCGCGGGAUUAUUGGUCGUACGGGAUUUUCUCCUGCGCCCAUUUGAGCGAUCGCUUGCUGCUAUCGUUUGCAAAAGGAACGGAGUUUUUUUUUCUUCAAAGAUUCACGGCAAUGACUGCGGUAUACAGUGAAGCAAGAUGAAAAAAUAGUGGAGGGCCAAUGCAAAAUGAAAGAUUUAUUCGGAUAGUGAUUGCCGAAAGAACAAACAGCGAGACCCAUUAUUAUACACAGGCUCGUUUAGCCUUCAUAAUCAGGGACUCUUGAGAGCACAAAGACUAUUGCUGCCUGCUGUGGGAGAAAGGAUUUUCAUCCUGCAUUGCAUCAUGGCGUCGUUUUUCGUGGUAACCUUGAUUAUUUUCGGACAUAGUCCAAGAAGGGGAACCGUUUGAAGCUGCAAGAGACGAAGUUUGCUUAUUUGAGCAUCAUGCUGAAAAGUGUCUCAUGGAUGAGUGUUUUUGCUGUUGCUGUCCUUCUUCCCACCCGUUUCUCCGAAGCCACCAGCAGGGAUCCUAAGAAGACAAGUGAUGUAUCUGAUUAUUUGAUGAGUGAUUUGGACGACGCAUACUCGAGUUUUCUGCUAGAUGCUGAAAACCUUCUAAAAGGACUGUUGGAAAUCCUGUCACCCAAAAACAUCAGCAGCAAACGGAAUCGGCGCGGAAGGACUUUGGUGUUUCACUUAGAUCCCGUUGACGGAUCCCAACUGGUGUUCGCUUCUUUGAUGCUUCUCGCUGCGGGGGUCAUGUUUGCCCUCUUUGUUGACUCGGUUCGUGUGGGAAUCAAGUACGGGUUCUUUCCCGUGGUUGUCAAGUUCAACCGGUUCUUUCCUUUGGAAAUCGGCCACCCGUUGAACGUGCCCGGUGGCAUAGUGUACCCGCCAGAGGGCGUGACACAACCUUCGUCUACAACGGAAACUUUCAGGAAUGCCGGCUUCUCGAAUACUUUUUGAUUUAAAGAAAGAAAUGUGAUUUUGUUUUCUGUCUAAUACGUUUCCGCGGUUUUGAAUCCAGGAUGGAAUGAUGGGUGCCGAUCCAUCGGAAUAGACAGUCGUAUUCUUUAUGUCUGAUGAGGGCGGAGUCAUCGAAUAUGUUGAUGCAUUUCCUUUUGAAGAA